AUGACGGAUAAGAAAUUCUACGAUUUUACAGCAAAAGAUAUUGAUGGAAACGAAGUUUCAAUGAGUAAAUACAAAGACCAAGUGGUCAUUGUGGUCAAUGUUGCCUCGAAAUGCGGCUACACUGAUAAGAGUUACAAACAGCUGAAUGAACUUAUGAAGAAGUAUAAAGAUGAGGGGUUGCGGAUUGCAGCUUUUCCCUGCAAUCAGUUUGGUCGUCAGCAUGAGCAACACGGGUUUCUGGUCGAUGCAAUAAAAUGGAAUUUCACCAAGUUUUUAAUUGACCGGGAUGGAAAUGUGGUGAAAAGGUAUGCUCCGAACAAUGAGCCACUGGCUAUGUCUGGUGAUAUCGAGAAGCUUUUAAAAAGAGAGAAAUUGGCAUAA